UUUCACUAAUGUAAGCGAGCAUAGGGUUUUGAAAGCUAGGGGUUUACCAUAGUCUCUUUCUCUUUCCACAGCCCGCUCAAAUUGCAGGCAUUUCGCGCUCUUUUUCUCCUAGCGCCACCAUUUCAGUCUCCGGUUGUCUUAUUCGGCCUGUUAAAGAAGAAGAGAAAGAAAAUAGUGAAAAAUGGUUUCUCCGAGGCAACUAUUAUCCACCAUCGAGUCUGCAUUACUCGGCCCUUCUCCUCCAACACCUGCUCAGAGAAUCGAGCUAAUGCACGUCAUUCGUAAAUCUCUACCGUCUCUCCAAUCACUCCUCUCUUAUCCACAUCCAAAAGCGUCGGACCGGUCACAGGUCCAGUCAAAGGAAGUCAGACUUCCUGAUUCGUCCCCAAUCUCUCUUGACGAUCAGGACGUUCAGAUUGCUUUGAAGUUGAGUGAUGAUCUCCAUCUAAAUGAAGUAGAUUGUGUCCGCUUGCUUGUUUCUGCCAAUCAAGAGUGGGGCUUACUAGGACGAGAGCCAUUGGAAAUUUUGCGUCUUGCAGCAGGGCUGUGGUAUACCGAGAGAAGAGAUUUAUUAACAGCACUAUACACUCUACUUAGGGCUGUUGUUCUCGACCAGGGACUUGAAGCUGAUCUUGUGGCUGACAUUCAGAAGUAUCUUGAAGAUCUUAUCAGUGCUGGGCUUAGACAACGGUUGGUUUCUCUCAUAAAGGAACUUAACCGGGAAGAACCAGCUGGAUUGGGUGGGCCACAUGCUGAGCAUUAUGUUCUUGAUUCUAGAGGUGCUCUUGUGGAACGACGAGCUGUUGUUUGUAGGGAAAGGCUCAUCCUUGGCCAUUGUCUUGUCCUUUCUGUCUUAGUUGUACGGACAAGUCCAAAGGAUGUGAAGGACGUGUUUGCUCUUUUAAAAGAUUGUUCCGCUGAAGUUAAUAGUGGUAGCGUUCCUCUCAAACUUCAGAUCUCAUUCAGUCUUCUAUUUUCUCUCAUUAUUGCUUUCAUAUCUGAUGCUCUAAGCACUGUACCUGAUAAGGCAUCUGUCCUGUCGCAUGAUGCAUCUUUCAGAUGUGAAUUUCAAGAUCUUGUUAUGUCCACUGGAACUGAUCCAAAUGUUGAGGGGUUUGUUGAUGGAAUAAGACUUGCAUGGAUUGUACAUUUGAUGUUAACACAAGAUGGAAUUACUGCUAGGGAGACAAUCUCAGGUGCUUCAUCCCGUGAUCUUGGAAACGUUUAUUCAUGUCUGGAAGUUGUCUGCAGAAACAAUGUUUUCCAGUUUUUUCUGGAUAAAAUUCUCCGAACUGCAGCCUACCAGAAUGAUGAUGAGGAUAUGAUCUAUAUGUAUAAUGCUUAUCUGCACAAGUUGAUUACAUGCUUCCUUUCACAUCCGCUUGCUAGAAACAAGGUGAAAGAAAUGAAGGAGAAGGCUAUGAGUGCACUUAGUCCAUACCUAAUGGCUGGAUCACAUGACUUCAGACAUGAUUCUGAUUUGAAUUCCCAGCAGACAGUUGAAAAGAGUCCUCAGCCAUUUGUUUCCCUAUUGGAAAUGGUUAGCGAGAUCUACCAGAAGGAACCGGAUCUUUUGUCAGGCAAUGAUGUCUUGUGGACUUUUGCAAAUUUUGCUGGAGAAGAUCAUACUAAUUUUCAAACACUUGUUUCUUUCUUGAAAAUGCUCAGUACCUUGGCUUCCACUCAGGAGGGUGCUUCAAAGGUUUUUGAAUUACUUCAGGGUAAAACUUUCCGCUCUGUUGGGUGGAAUACUCUAUUUGAUUGUUUAUCCAUUUACGAACAGAAGUUCAAACAAUCCCUUCAAAGUGCUGGAGCUAUGUUACCUGAGUUUCAAGAGGGCGAUGCAAAAGCACUUAUAGCAUACUUGAAUGUUCUUCAGAAGGUUGUAGAAAAUGGAAAUCCUGUUGAAAGGAAGAAUUGGUUUCCAGAUAUUGAACCCUUGUUCAAACUUCUUAGUUAUGAAAAUGUCCCUCCUUAUUUGAAGGGUGCCUUGCGGAAUGCAAUAGCUGCUUUCAUUCAAGUCUCUCCUGUAUUGAAGGAUACUAUAUGGAGCUACCUUGAGCAGUAUGAUCUACCAGUAGUUGUUGGUCCUCCUGUUGGAAAUGGUGCACAGCAAAUGUCUACACAGGUUUAUGAUAUGCGUUUUGAGUUAAAUGAAGUAGAAGCAAGGAGUGAGAGAUACCCUUCAACUAUAUCUUUCCUAAACUUGUUGAAUUCCCUGAUUGCGGAAGAAAGGGAUAUGAAUGAUAGAGGACGCAGGUUUGUGGGGAUCUUCAGGUUUGUGUAUGAUCAUGUCUUUGGGCCUUUUCCUCAAAGAGCCUAUGCAGAUCCAAGUGAGAAAUGGCAGUUGGUUGUUGCUUGUCUUCAACACUUUCAAAUGAUUCUGUUCAUGUAUGACAUUAAGGAUGAGGAUAUUGAUAGUGUUGUUGAGCGAUCUCAUCUUCAAAGUGUGGCUCAGUCAACUCCUCUUGAAAUGCAGCUCCCUGUUGUAGAAAUGCUAAAAGACUUCAUGAGUGGUAAAACUGUUUUCCGCAAUAUCAUGGGUAUUCUUUUGCUAGGGGUCAAUACUAUCAUGAGUGAAAGAUCUAGUAAAGUUUAUGGUCAACUUUUGGAGAAAGCUGUUCAUCUUUCUUUGGAAAUUAUUAUUCUUGUUUUGGAGAAGGAUUUGUUUCUUGCUGAUUUCUGGCGCCCUUUAUACCAGCCAUUGGAUGUAAUACUUUCUCAGGAUCAGAAUCAAAUAAUAGCUUUGUUGGAGUAUGUGAGAUAUGAUUUUCAACCUCAGAUUCAGCAAUGCUCUAUCAAAAUCAUGAGUGUUCUAAGUUCUCGCAUGGUGGGUCUUGUACAGUUAUUGCUAAAAUCACAUGCUGCAAACUGUUUGAUCGAGGAUUAUGCAGCUUGCCUUGAAUUACGCUCAGAAGAGUGUCAGAUCAUUGAGAACUCCAGAGAUGAUACAGGCGUUCUUAUUAUACAGCUUCUCAUUGACAAUAUUAGUCGACCAUCCCCAAAUAUUACACAUUUGCUGCUCAAGUUUGAUGUGGAUUCAUCUGUAGAGCGGACAAUACUACAGCCAAAAUUUCAUUACAGUUGCCUAAAGGUUAUUCUUGACAUUCUGGAGAAGUUUUCGAAGCCAGACAUAAAUGCAUUGUUGUAUGAAUUUGGUUUACAGCUUUUAUAUGAGUUAUGCUUGGAUCCACUGACAAGCGGUCCUAUGUUGGAUCUGCUCAGCAAUAAAAAGUACCGGUUCUUCCUGAAGCACUUGGACACAAUUGCUAUUGCUCCUCUUCCUAAAAGGAAUAAUAAUCAGGCCCUUCGUAUAAGUUCACUGCACCAGAGAGCAUGGCUUUUGAAGCUUUUGGCAUUGGAGUUGCAUGCUGCUGAUUUGACUGUAACAACACAUCGAGAAGCAUGUUCAAAUAUCCUUGCUCAGAUUUUUGGAUGUGAUGUUAGAGAAUUUGGCUUGAAUCGUGAUAUAUUUCUGUCAUCUGCAUUUGAAGCAAAUGCUGACCAUCCUAGAAUUGGAGCUACAAAUAGGAGCAAGGUUUUAGAGUUGCUUGAAGUAGUCCAGUUUAAAUCUCCUGAUACUGUUAUGAAGUAUUCUCAGUUUGUUUCAAAGAAAUACGAGUUGCAGGUAGAAGAUGUACUUAGAAAUCCUGCAAUUUCCGAAAAGGGUGGUGUCUAUUAUUAUUCAGAGCGUGGUGAUCGUUUGAUUGAUCUUGCUUCAUUCCGUGACAAGCUAUGGCAGAAAUGCAAUUUUGUUAAUCCACAGUUGGGCUCCUUUGGUGGUGAAGUUGAGCUCAGUGAUCUAAGAGAGACAAUCCAAAACCUUUUGAGGUGGGGAUGGAAAUACAACAAAAACCUCGAGGAACAAGUUGCCCAACUUCAUAUGUUAACUGGCUGGUCACAGUUGGUAGAGGUUUCUGUAUCUAGAAGAAUGUCUUCUCUUGAAAACCGUUCAGAGGUUUUGUUUGAGGUGCUUGAUGCCUCUUUGACUGCUUCAGCUUCUCCAGAUUGUUCUUUAAAGAUGGCAAUACUAUUAACUCAGGUUGCACUCACAUGCAUGGCCAAAUUACGGGAUGAACGAUUCUUGUGCCCCGGUGGUGUAAAUUCUGAUAAUGUGACAUGUCUUGAUAUUAUUUUGAUGAAACAAUUGUCAAAUGGGGCUUGCCAUUCGGUAUUGUUUAAGCUUAUCAUGGCAAUUCUGAGGCAUGAGUCGUCAGAAGUCCUGAGGAGACGCCAGUAUGCAUUACUUCUUAGCUUCUUCCAGUAUUGUCGGCAUAUGCUUGAUCCAGAUGUCCCAGCAUCAAUAUUGCAUUUUCUAUUGCGUGAGGAACAAGGUGGAGAAGAGGAUCUUGAUCUCCGAAAGAUUGAUAAAGAACAGGCUGAACUAGCACAAGCCAACUUUUCUAUUUUAAGGAAAGAAGCUCAAGCCAUCUUGGAUUUGGUGACAAAGGAUGCAAUUCAUGGUAGCGAAGCAGGAAAGACAAUAGCAAUCUAUGUUUUGGAUGCAUUUACUAGUAUUGAUCAAGAAAAGUUUUUCUUGAACCAACUCCAAAGCAGAGGAUUUUUAAGAUCCUGCUUUGCAGAUUUAAGCAAUCUGUCCUCUCAAGAUGGUUGGCGUUCACUGGAUUCACUGCAAAGAUUGUGUACUCUGGAGGCUGAACUUGCUUUUCUAUUGAGGAUCAGUCACAAGUAUGGGAAGGCUGGUGCACAGGUUUUAUUUUCCAUGGGUGCUUUAGAACAGCUUGCUUCAUGCAGAAUAACUGGACUGCAGAUGAAGGGAGGUUUUAGGUCUAUUGAUGCCAAGGUUCGCAGAAAUGUACCUAUGGAGAUUGAUAUGCAAAGAAUGGUUGUAGUGCCAAUUCUUAGACUUGUUUCUUCUCUGACAUCCUUGGUGGAUACGUCUGACUUUUUUGAGGUGAAGAACAAAAUUGUUCGUGAGGUCAUUGAUUUUGUCAAGGGACAUGAAUUGCUCUUUGACCAAGUUCUUAGGCGGGAUGUUUCUGAUGCUGAUGAGUUAGCAUUGGAGCAGAUUAACCUUGUCGUUGGCAUUCUAAGCAAGGUUUGGCCAUAUGAAGAGAAUGAUGAAUAUGGUUUCAUUCAAGGGCUUUUUGGGAUGAUGUGCAUUAUUUUUUCUAGGGAUGUAGAAUCCUUUAGUUUCCAUCAAACAUUACGACCUCUCGAGAACCAAAGAAAGACAGAGUUGUUCUUGUUCCGACUAUGCUUUUGUCUGAACUCAUACCUUUAUUUUCUGGUCACAAAGAAGUCCCUGAGGUUGCAGGCUAUAGAUUCCCCUGGUGAUUAUAAUGCUUCUGCUGGGCAGCAGCAGCCCACAUUGAGUUUACUUGCUUCUCUACUUAAUACUGUAACCAUGACUCUCGAGAGAGCGUCCGAGGAAAAAUCCUUGCUACUGAACAAGAUACAAGACAUUAAUGAGCUAUCAAGGCAGGAAGUUGAUGAAAUAAUUAAUAUAUGUGUAAAACAAGACUGUGUAUCUUCAUCUGACAAUAUCCAGAAAAGGAGAUACAUUGCAAUGGUUGAAAUGUGCCAGGUUGCUGGCAACAGGGAUCAGCUUAUUACUCUACUUCUUCCACUUGCAGAGCAUGUGCUUAAUAUUAUCCUCAUCCACUUUCGUGACAGUGGACCGAUUAAAAGAGCCAUACAUGGUGUCAAGUCUGAUUCUGGACAAGACAUAUCUUUAUUGUGCGGGAAGUUGCUUCCAAUUUUAGAGAGACUUGAGUUACUAAGUGAGGACAAAACUGGCCAUAACCUGAAGGUGUUCCACCGAUUAGUGUCUUCACUCAAGGAAAUUACGAUUCAAAAGUUGUCUGUGUGACUAUUAUCUCUUUAUCCAAAGCCAGGGCCUCCAUCUAUCUUGAGCAUUGUUUUACUGUUUUAUCCAGGAGUUGCACCUGAGAUCAUAAAGUGGUUGAAGUUUAUGAAAUUUUUCUUGAUAGGCGUUGAAUGUAAUUUUUGGUAUGUAUCCUUAAUCAUGUGCUUUGUACAACUAUUGAAAAUGUAAUUAAGAUGUAAAUAUAUAACUUUUUAUUCAUUCCAUCAACCCUCUGUUUUUUCUUUUA